AACAGACUACAAAAAAGAGAGACACAGAGGGAGAGAGAGAGGGAGAGAGAGAGGGGGAGAGUAAAGUAAAGUGAGAAAGGAAUCGUCAGUGGGAAUGUUUGUGUUUGUGGCAGCCGGACUUCAGCUGCCAAGGUUUCAUCGGUUACAGGAGAGGAGAGGAGAGAGGAGAGGAGAAAAGAGAGGAGAAGAGAGGAGAGAGAAGGAGAGAGAGGAGAAGAGAGGAGAGAGAAGGAGAGAGAGAAGAAGGAGAGAGGGGCAGAGCCACAUUAGAAUCGUCUAGCUGUGCUGGGUACUGCCUCCGUUACUACUCUGUACGGAGUGAGAAGAUCCCCGCAAAACAGAGAGCAGAUAAGGCAUUUUAGCCUGUCGUCUGAAAGGCACCUGUGGAGAUGUAUCUCUGAGUUGACCAGCAGCGUUGUGGACCUGUGUGUUUCCCUGAUGGAGGCGGUCCUACUGGGUCUGGGGGAUGUGGUGGAGUCACGUCAGGCUCUGCUGUGGAGCUUUACCUGCUCAGCUCUCAGACACCUCCGUACACGGCACCUUUCUCACACACACAGGCCAGUGUACCAGAUGACGGAGGGCCGGCGAUGUCAGGUCCAUCUCCUGGAUGACAGGAAGUUGGAACUUCUUGUUCAGCCCAAGUUGAUGGCCAAGGACCUGUUGGAUCUGGUGGCCUCCCACUUUAACCUAAAGGAGAAGGAAUACUUUGGUAUUUCCUACACAGAUGAAACGGGACAUUUCAGCUGGCUACAGUUGGACCGGAGGGUUUUAGAACAUGAAUUCCCCAAGAAGUCUGGACCUAUUGUCCUCUACUUCUGUGUCAGGUUCUACAUAGAGAGCAUUUCCUACCUGAAGGACAAUGCUACCAUCGAACUUUUCUUCCUCAAUGCUAAGUCGUGCAUAUACAAGGAGCUCAUUGAGGUGGAGAGUGAGGUGGUGUUUGAGCUGGCCUCCUAUAUCCUGCAGGAGGCUAAAGGAGACUUCACCAGUAAUGACGUGACCAGGUCAGACCUUAAGAAACUUCCAGCUCUGCCAACUCAGGCCUUAAAGGAACAUCCAUCUUUGGCCUACUGUGAGGACCGGGUUAUAGAACACUACAAAAAGCUAAGUGGACAGUCCAGAGGCCAGGCCAUUGUCAAUUAUAUGAGCAUUGUAGAGUCACUGCCUACAUAUGGAGUACAUUACUACGCUGUGAAGGAUAAGCAGGGCAUCCCAUGGUGGCUGGGCCUGAGUUAUAAAGGAAUCUUCCAGUAUGACUACCAGGACAAAGUGAAACCCAGGAAGGUGUUCCAAUGGCGUCAGCUGGAGAACCUGUACUUCAGAGAGAAGAAGUUCUCCGUGGAAGUUCACGACCCCAGAAGUAGGGCGUCGGUGACCAGAAGGACGUUUGGCCACAGUGGUAUAGCUGUCCACACCUGGUACGCCUGUCCUGCACUCAUCAAGUCCAUUUGGGCCAUGGCCAUUAGCCAACACCAGUUCUACCUGGACCGCAAACAGAGCAAGUCUAAGAUCCAUGCAGCUCGUAGUCUCAGUGAGAUAGCCAUUGACCUCACAGAAACUGGCACUCUGAAGACAUCUAAACUGGCAAACAUGGGAAGCAAGGGCAAGAUCAUCAGUGGUAGCUCUGGCAGUCUGCUCUCCUCAGGUUCCCAGGAGUCUGACAGUUCUCAGACAGCUAAGAAGGACAUGCUGGCCGCCCUGAGGGCCAGGCAAGAGGCUCUGGAGGAGACACUCAAACAGAGACUAGAGGAACUCAAGAACAUCUGCAUCAGAGAGGCUGAGUUGACAGGGAAGCUUCCUAAGGAGUAUCCACUAGAUCCAGGGGAGGAGCCUCCAACAGUCCGGAGGAAGAUUGGCACUGCCUUUAAACUGGACCAACACAAGAUCCAGCCCAAAGGAGAGGAGGAGGAGCUGGAGCGUCUGGAGAGAGAGUUUGCUAUCCAGUCCCAGAUCACGGAGGCAGCGAGGCGACUGGCCAGCGAUCCACACGUGAGCAGUAAGAAGCUGAAGAAGCAGAGGAAGACGUCGUACCUGAAUGCUUUGAAGAAGCUUCAGGAGAUCGAGAACUCCAUCAAUGAACACCGUGUCCGCUCUGGGAAGAAACCUACCCAACGUGCUUCGCUAAUCAUAGAGGGUGAGACAACACACAUGCUGAGAGAAUCGCUAAACAGAACCACAUCGCUUAAUAAAGAGGAAGCCAAUAUCGGCUCAGAGGACAGCUCUCUAUCUGACGCUCUGGUUCUAGACGAUGAUGACCCCCAGGUGACAGGGACACCCACCUUUUCUCCAGCAGCUUCCCCGCACAAAGGCCUCCCUCCCCGGCCCCCCUCCCACAGCCGUCCCCCUCCCCCCCAGUCUCUGGAGGGCCUCAGACACCUGCACUACUCCCGCUCUGAAUACGACAAGUCCCCCAUCAAACCCAAGAUGUGGAGUGAGUCCUCACUGGACGAACCCUACGAGAAGGUCAAGAAACGCUCUUCACACUCCAGACGGUUUCAGAGCUCUGGUAGUGCAGAGGCAGGAGGCAGUAACUCUCUGCAGAGUAGCCCCAUCAGGAGCCUUCCUCACUGGAGCUCCCAGUCCAGCAUGCCCUCCACCCCAGACCUGAGGACCAGGACCCCUCACUACGUACACUCCACCAGGUCUGUGGACAUCAGUCCCACUCGUCUUCACAGUCUGGCUCAGCACUUUAGGAACCGCAGCUCCAGCCUGGAAUCUCAGGGCAAGCUGCUGACCUCCGACCCUGACGCAAACACUCACACACACACCCUGGGAGCCCUGGGCAGCCCGGACUUCUUCCUGGUCCCGGGGACCCGCAGCUCCAACGGCUCGGACCCACUGGAUGACUGUUCAUCAUGUACCUCUCAGAGCAGCUCAGAACACUACUACCCUGGAGGAGCUCCAGGAUCAAACCCCAACUACUCCACCCUGGGAGAGGACUCCCCCUCCAAAGCCAGACAGAGACAAAGACAGAGACACAGGUCGGCAGGUCACCUCGGUUCCUCCAACUCUGGCUCCAUGCCCAACCUGGCGGCCAAGAACGGCUCAGGGGGCGGUGGGACGGGUGGAGGGGUGACGGGCUCGGGACACCACGGGGUCUAUCUCCACAGCCAGAGCCAGCCGUCGUCCCAGUACCGGAUCAAAGAGUACCCCCUGUACGUGGAGGGCAGCCCCAACCCCGUGGUGGUCCGCAGCUUGGAGAGUGACCAGGAGGGUCACUACAGCGUCAAGGCCCAGUUCAAGACCUCCAGCUCCUACACCGCCGGAGGGCUCUACAAGGAGACCUGGGGGGGCGAGGAGGGGGGAGAGGGCAGCGGCAGACUCACCCCGUCCCGCUCUCAGAUCGUACGGACUCCCUCGCUGGGGAGGGACGGGGGAGGAGGGGGGAGGGCGGUGGUGUCGGACGAACUGAGGUGUUGGUACCAGCGCUCGUCGGGCAGCCUGAAGGACAGGAGCCACUCGGCCUCCAACGCGUCGGACGGCGGCUCUCUGCAAGGCACCCUGGGACACGGACGAGGCAGCAGGGUCGGGACGCUGGUCAAGGGAUCACCUGCGGCAUCUCCUCACAGUCAGAGGAGCGGGACUCCCUCCAGUGAACAGGCUGCCUCCCCCACGCCCCCCUGCAGCCCCCAGCACAUCCUUAACUGGCAAAGCGGGUCAUUCAAUGAUAGCUGUUUCCUCAGCAGUCCUCUGUGUUCGGAGCUGGCAGAUGUCCAGUGGUAUGGACACGACAAGGCCAAACCUGGAACCCUGGUCUGACCUACUGACUACCAACCAACGCCUAGUGACCCUCAAUGCCCCCCCCCCCCCACCAUCACUGGUCCUUACCAUCCUGCAACCCCACCAACAACCUGUCAGCCUGACUAGAUUGGCCUUAAAAAGGGCAGAACCCCCCCCCCCCCUUUGGACCUCAGCUUGACUGACUUGGUUCUGGGUUUUACACGGCCGUCUUGGUAAGACACAGCCUCUGAGUGAUUCUGAACUUUAAGCCUGCUCCAGUCUGAGCCCUAGAGGAACCCUGAGUAUUCCCCGGAGGAGGAGCCAGCGCACGCACCGCCCCCCAGAUCAGACUGCACUCCUCUGCCCUGCCCCUGACCUGGUCCAGUGUCUUGCCAGGCAGUCAGAGGAUACCUGAGGGAUUUAAGCCCUUCCUGUGUGUUUCGGCUCGUGUUCUGGAAAUGUCUUUGAAUGUGUCCUCUAGAUCUGCUAGGUUCCAUCCGAUGUCCAUGUUCUUGUCUAGUUCUCUGGUGAUUUUGUUUAAAAAAGAAAAUUAUGAAAACUUCACUGGAGAGGUUCACAUUCAUCUUUUUUCUGAAAACCAGAAUAUUAUUCACCUUUUCAGAAAACUGGGGAAUUCAAAACUAUUAUCAGUCUAAAGAAGAAACUAAAUUCCCCUCAAUUCUAAUGCCAGUCUCACCUCCCAUCUACCACAACCAAAGAUCCACCUGACUGACCAAUGACACUAGUUCUACGGACCCCCUAGGAACACUGCUUUAUCAUUACUGGGAAUCCUCAUUAGAACUGAACGACUGCACCUACUGGGAUGUUAGAGAGCUGAACUGGAAGUGUACUCAUCUCUGGUACUGGGACUAUAAGCCCUGCCGCUGAGCGGCCCUGGGCCGGGCCGUUUUCCUGAUGACUGGGGUGACUCUGCUCUGACGUGGGGCUCGGCGCUGCCAGACCAGAGACAGACUGGGACAGAGGCGGCGGAGUCUUAUUCAGGGUUGCUGAUAAUAUCUCGCCAUUGUUUGGAGUUUGUGAUGGGUGAGACUGAAGCUAUAUGUGUAGCAGUUUUGAGUUGAAUUGGAAGACCACUUACAUUAUAUCUGCAGGCGCUCUCUGGUCCAUUUCAUCUGGCUGCAGCCAUUAUGUUGACUUCCUGGUGAGGAAUGAAAAGCUAUUAUUAGGGUUGUGUGUACAUUUCACUCCUGUCUCUCUCGGUCUCUGGUGAUCAUGGCUGAAUGCUGUGGAGGUGCUGUCCGUCACACAGCUGUGGCUUGAACCUCCAGAGAGCGAUCUUCAUGAUAGUUAAGCAGAGCGUUGAAUUGGUGAGAUGCUGAAUACUUGUCUAGUCAUUGUAGUAGGUGUUGGGAUAUCUGAUAUCUGACUGUCUGUGCAGCCCUGGGUUAAAAAAUGGGACACAACCCAUGUUUAAGGACCUGUCUGUGUGUUUGUGUGUGUGUGUGUGCGUUAUGUCUCACUGUUUGUCCAACCCAAUCAUUGGUCAUUGUCUUAGACAGCAGUGUAGAAUAUAUUGUGGUGUAUUUGGGAUCAGGCAUGAAGUCUGUAAAACCUUUCCAGGGUCCUUGUUUGUAUAGGUCACUAUCUCAGGCUAUACUGUCUCUGCCUAACAUCUCUCCUAGAACUGGUCGAUACACACAAACACACACACACACACACAGCUUGUGUGGAGACACACUCUUUCUACUCUGCUGUGCCAUUUUUGUUGGUGCUUAAAUUAUGUACUGUAAUCUAGCACUGAAAACAGCCACUCACUAAAGCAACACGCUAUGUGUUAGAACCACAGGCCCUUGUCUUGUUGAGGAACUGUCUGCUGUAUAAAGAACCUGUUUCCCAGAGCCAAUAGAACAGCAGGGAGAGGUCUAUACACCAAUCAGAACAGCAGGGAGAGGUCUAUACACCAAUCACAACAGCAGGGAGAGGUCUAUACACCAAUCAGAACAGCAGGGAGAGGUCUAUACACCAAUCACAACAGCAGGGAGAGGUCUAUACACCAAUCACAACAGCAGGGAGAGGUCUAUACACCAAUCAGAACAGCAGGGAGAGGUCUAUACACCAAUCACAACAGCAGGGAGAGGUCUAUACACCAAUCACAACAGCAGGGAGAGGUCUAUACACCAAUCACAACAGCAGGGAGAGGUCUAUACACCGUUGUUUCUUAAUCCUGGUCCUCGGGACUCAAAGGGGUGAACAUUUUAGUUUUUGCCCUAACACUCACACACUUGUUUCAAAUGUUGCCCUACCACUUACACACCUGGUUGACGUAAUCAACCGAUCAUCAAGACUGUAGUUUGAAUCAGGUGUGUGAGUGCCUGGGCAAAAAUUAAAACUUGCACUUUGGGUCCCGAGGACCAGGAUUAAGAAACACUGCUAAACACCAAUCAGACAGCUGGAUCAACUGUGAGUUUUUGACUACCAGAACACACAGAUCAACAGUGACAUACAAGGUACAAAGACAGAAGCCUGACAUCUAGUUCUGCCCCUGACGUGUUGAAACACACAGCAAAGGGAAUCACGAUCAUCUGCAUAAAAACACAGAAUGACAGUAAUAGACAUGAUAGCAAUGAAAACCCACACACACAUCUGGCAUAGAAAUAAUGUCACCCCACAACCAAACAGGGUGUCUAUAUAAUAGUGCUUCUAUUUCUGUAGAUGUGUUCAUCAACAAACUGAAUUAUGACCUUGGCUUCAUCAUGGAUGCCGUCAGUGUAUCCCACGGUAACAGGGCUGUGACACAGAGAGAAUGUGAAGCCAUACCCAUGAACCAUCUCGUUUAUGGUGAAAUGGAUACUAUAGAUUUCAUAUACAUCGCGCUUACAUAAACCAACUUAACUUACCAUCUCUUACCACAAACAAUUUCUUAAACAGGUAUUUUAAAGCACACCUGGUUUUGUACCGGGAAAAUAAAACUCUGCCUAAUGUCGCUGUAAUACUGUAGGCCUUUGCGUGGACAGUAUUGUGUGUAUGAAAAAAUAAGCAAAUAAUGGCAGUCCCCUCUCACGUCUUGUCUGUGCUUUGUACAGGCUCAUAUCCUCUCUAGAUUUAAAAAAAAAAAAAGAUCUAAAAACACUGUGUAAAGUUGAACUUGCACUGAUCAGCAGGUUGGACAGUUAUCUUCUUGGUUAUGGCCCCAACACUGUCUGGUCCUCUAAAUGAUUCCCCUCUGCUAGACCUCUGCUGGCUUACAACAUUCCAUGCAUGCUCUGUGGUUCCUUAAACAAACAUUAGCAGACCAACCCGAAACGUGACCAGUCCAGCUGUAAGCACCUCUCCUCCCUUACCUUCACUUUCUAGACAGAGAAGCGUCCCUGUAUCCAUGACAAAACCUCCCCAACCUCCACUUUGACCUUUGUCCUGACCCCUGUGGUAAUCUCUGACCUCUGAGCCCAAUGUGACGCAAUGUGUUUUACCCCUUCUCUGUAACCAUCUUACACCCAUGCUGUCUGUCCAUAGAAACAGAAUACAUUUUUAUAGUUAAACAAGAUUAACUCUUUUAUCAAGCUCUUUCCUGUACGUUACUGUCCGGAGGGACACUGUAAGCCUAUGUGGGGUUUUUAACAUUCACUGCUGUUUUAACCACAUUCCUUUUUCUAUGAACCAGUAUUAGUUGUCUCUUUGGUUUUUCUAAGUUCCCGACAUAGCAACAGUCAUUGCAGGUGCUACACAAUGACCAGUUGCUGCUUUGUCGCUGAUAGGUUCUCCUCAUUGUUGUCAAUAGUUUCAAUACCAGUUGCAGUGCAGAGCAAAAAGCGUUUGCACCAGUUCAGUAGGUCACCCCUCCACCAAACCAUAGAGCAUGUUACAUGAUUUCAUUGGUUCUCUUCAACUGUAACCUGACACUGAAGGGGUUGUAGAGAAAACAAUGUGGAAUUGACAAAAAAAAAUGUUACAUUUCACAGUUAAUUUAUUCUUUUUUUUCUAUUAAGAAUUUGUAUAGUAACUUUACAUUUUUCCAAAACGUGUUGUUGGCAACUGAUGAUGAAUUUUCCAGAUGAAAAGACAUGUUGGUUCUUGAGAUUAUGAAAAUAAAUUAUUGCUGAAUGUUCUCAA